UAAGGUAAACAAUUUUAUUUGCAAGAAAUCGGGUGAUAAUUCGGAGCUCUAGUUGGCGGGCAUUGAUAAGUCACAUAACUCAAAGCCCGCCCGAAAGGGGCAAAAAUGGAAGAACGCAAGCUGCUCCGACCUGUGAAGGCUACGAAUCCACUGGUUUUUCUGGAAAUUUCCAUUGGCAAGGAGGAUGCGGGUCGCAUGAUAAUUGAACUGCGCAAGGAUGUUGUGCCGAAGACAGCGGAAAAUUUCCGUGCCCUCUGCACGGGUGAGCGAGGUGUGGGCACCUUGGGCAAACCACUCCACUACAAGGGCACUCGAUUCCACAAAAUCAAACGAGUCUUCGCCGUCCAGAGCGGAGAUGUUGUCAAGAACGAUGGAACCAGCGGCGAGAGCAUCUACGGUCCAGUAUUCGAGGACGAGAACUUUGAACUAACACACAACGAUGAGGGCGUGGUCAGCAUGGCCAACUACGGCAAGCCCAACUCCACCAACUCACAGUUUUUUAUCUCGGCCGUGGGCUGCGAGAAUCUAAAUGGAAUAAACGUUGUCGUAGGUCGUGUUCUACGCGGCCUGGGUAUAAUAGCAGAAAUGGAACAAAACUGCAAUGACGAGGGCGAUCCCACGACGGAGAUAGUGAUACGGGACUGUGGGGAGGUGGCCCCGGGCGAGGAUUGGGGUAUGGAGUGCAAUGACGAGACUGCUGACAAGCUGCCGGCCUACCCGCAAGACUGGACGCGCAAGUUCGACAAGUUCACAGCAGAUGCGGCGGUGGAGCUGCUAACGGGCAUUCGCCAAUCGGGCAAUCACUUUUAUCAGCUAGGCCGCUAUCAUUUAGCGCGAGCCAAGUAUCGCAAGGCCAAUCGCUACUAUCACUACCUUAGCAAACAGUUUGGCUGGCAGCAGCUGAACCCGUUUAAAAAGCACCUUGUCGACACAGAUCUACUCAAGAUCGAUGGAUUCUCGGUGGUGAACAAUAUAAAUUCAGCCGCCGUGGACCUGAAAUUGGGUAACUAUGUGAGUGCCAGAAACGAUUGCACUGAGGCCAUUCGUCUGGAUCCCAGCUGCAGCAAGGCUUUCUAUCGACGCGGUCAGGCCCAGCGUGGUUUGCGCAACUACGAGGAGGCCAUAAACGACCUUAAGCGAGCCCACAAUCUCCUACCGGAGAACAAGCAGAUCCUGAAUGAAUUGAACAGCACCAAACAGCUCCUGGCCCAGUACAACCGACAGCAACGAAAUGCACUUAAAAAUCUAUUUGCCUAGCUGGCAGCCAGUCACCAUUUUCUUGGAUCGUUUUAAAUCGUUUUAAGUUGAAUGGCUUCUUUGAAUGUAAAUAUUAAUUAAUAAAUGUUGUUGUUUUACCAACAGUCAGUGGUUUACCACAAGAAAGGUAAAAUGAUAAAUUUUUAAAUUGA